AUGAGAAUGCGGUCGAAUCGCGAACAACACGAAGACUUUGGCGUUGUACCGUUAAUAGAAUCACCGUCCCAAAUCCUGCAAGACACGAAAAUGAUAAACGAUUGCUUCUUCGGAAUCGAUGCCCAAACGGCAUCGCCGCUCUUCAAAAGGCGUAUCAGCAACGAACUUCUCACAGAUCCAGAGGAGCAUAGUGGUCUGAUCUCAUCAAACAAUGAUUAUUCUCCACUCAUUCGUACAGAUAUCAGUAAUAUCAGUUCACCGUUCGACUGGGAACAACAAUGGUCUCCAUAUGAACCAAAUGCUAACUCAGAAGGAGGAGCUCUCGGAGAGAUACACGGAGGAGUACAUAAGGAGCAGAAAGAACAUUGUGGUCAACAAACAAUAGAUUCAUCAAUUUAUGCAAGAGGUCAAGGCACUGAUUCUCUGCAGUGGAAUAGCAGACGUGAUUCGUUUCAAGUAUAUCCAAUCUCAUCAUCCAGAAAUGAGGAAGAGAUGAUGAUCACUGCAAUGAACAAUGACAAGAAUGCUGAAACCGCGAUGACUCCGAAUCCAGAAAUGGAUUCGGAGUCAUCGUGGAUUGAAAAAUGGAUGGAUAUGAAUGGAAUAUUCGAUCCAAACUGUGAUCAUUUAGCCUCAGAUAUUGACUUACCUCUUCUUUGUGAGGUGAAUGUCGCUGACAGAAUCAAUGACAAUGCUAGCAAUAACAGCGCCAACAAUACGGAUAGUAACGAUAAGAAUGAUGAUUAUCAUGAUGAUAGUAAUGCUGAUCAGAUAAUUCCAACUAAUACAGUAUAUUCUCAAAAAACACAUGGAUCACCACAGCAGACGAAUUUGAUGACAAUGAUAAAUACACCGCCAUCAUCAAAUGAUACGAUCCAUAUGAAUUUUGAUCAAGCUAACCAUAGCCCUGCAACAGUGCAAUGUUCACCCUCUCCAAUGGUUUGUUUACGGACAAGCUUAAUCGUUUUUUGUUUUAUAUAA